AUGGAAGACCAUUCAGAAUCCUUCGCUCGAAUAAACGAAAUGAUUGAUGCUGAGCGCUGGCAUGAGGCUUGGAUUAUUGUCGAAGAUAUUGAGCGUACACGUGAACUCUCAAAUAUUGAAAAAGUGCAAAAGGGCAUAUUAGCAUUUAAAAAUAACAUGCCCGAUUUAGGCAUUUGUACUUUCAAUCACUCAGACUUGACUGAUUAUCGAAAUUGCACCUUGCUCCGUAGAGCAUUAGUGGCUCCUUUGAUAAAAUCUAAAAACUAUAGUCAAGCAGCCCAAGUAGGGAAAAUUGUUUUAGAAAGUCAUCCGAAUUCUGUACUUGAUUUGACUACGCUUGCGAGCAUAGAGGUAAGACAAGGCAAUCGAGCUGAGGCCGCAUUGCAUUUCACGCAGGCUUUGUCAUUGCAAAAGAAUAAUCUAAAUUUAGUUAGUCAAAUAAUUCAGUUGCAUUUGCAGGCCAAUGAGUCAGAAAAAGCAGCUCACUUGGCGAUGGAAUAUCAAUCCGAGUGGCAACAAGAAACGCGUUUAUUACAAAUGUCACUUUUAGCAAUGUCUCGGGUGAAUCGACAAUCCGAAUGCCUGCAAAUAAUCAAGGCAAUUGAUUUUCACCAAAACCAUACAGAAAUGUGUAUUCUUUCCGCUCAAAUUGCAUACGAUUGCAAUGACUACCCUUUAGUGCAAAAAAUUAUACAAAUCUUUGAAAAUAAAGAGCCAUUCGACAUAAAAGCAUUACUUUUAAAGGCUAAAACGCUCAUUGCGACGGGCGAGGAUAUUGAGGACAUUCUUGAACAGCUUGAAAGCGCGUCUAAAAAUGCAGAAGAAAACCUGCAAGUAAAUUUGUUUUUAAGUGAACAACUUUUGAAAAAAGGUCGGUUUGUUGAUGCAGCAAACUAUUUAAAAAAAUGUCGCAACUUGUCUAAAAAUAACCCUCAUAUACAUUUAUUAAAUGCUCGAGCAUUAAAAUUUUCAGGCCGAUACAACGAAGCGGCUGAUGAGAUGUUAGAGCUUGUUGAGCUAAAGCCCUCAUCUUCAAGUAUAAAACGUUAUGCAACGGCAGCAUUAAUUCAAGCAGGGCGUGAUGAAGAAGCGCAAACUCUAUUCGAUGCCGAUGUCGAAAGCCGUAAAGCGGCGCUUCCAGAGACUUUUGAGAAAGGCAUGUUAUUACUUUCAGAAAAAAUUAACGAGGUUAAAAUUCCUCAGUCGCGAUUGGACUGGCUGUGGCAAAUUUUACAGACCCAUUCACCUGACGAUUUACCCAACCGCGCAGUGUACGAGCUGAGCGCUAAAUGGGGGCACUUAUUGGAUCAUUUCAUUUUAGAAUGGUUAGAAUGCUGUCCAAUGCAAGCUGAUGAAGUUAUGCAGCUAUUACCAAAUCUUGAUGAUGUCGAGACGCGCAUAAUAGAUUCACAAUUGGCUAAUGAGAAUGGCUUGAUUAUUGCAUCUGCACAUAUUGGCAUGUUGUAUGCGGGUCCAAUGAUUCUUGAGCUUUUAGGAAUCGAAAAUAAAUGGCUGGCGUCUACGCCAAGUAUUUCAUCCAUGGCUUAUUCUAAAAAUCUUAUCUCAACCAGCGAAAAUACCGAAUCACAGGUCGUUCGCAAAGUAUUAAAAGCCUUGAACUUAGGUGAGGCUGUUACGAUUGCCGUGGAUGGUGCAAUGAGCCCAGCAGCCCCAACUAUUGGGUUUGAAGGCAAGAAAGUUACAUUUUCUGACUUUGCAGCACGAAUGUCUCAUAGAACGAGUGCGCCCUCAUUUUUUGCAGUACCUUUUUGGCUUAACAAUCAGCUAGAGUUGGUUUUUAAAGAGUUGCCGACUCCUAACAAUGGCGAAGCAAUCGAAAUAUUUUGCCAACGUUGGAGAGAAGCGUUUUUACAGUUUUUACGAGAUUUUAUAUUGGAACACCCUGAAAAUGCUAGGCUCAGUGGUGGAAUAUGGCGUGGAGUAUAG